UCUAGAAUUAUCUCAGUUUACAUGCCAAUAAACACACAGAAAUCCGAUUUCGUGAUGACGUUUUGUGCCUAUAUUUUUCAUUCAUUCAUUUCGACUCAGUCAUGCCUUUUUGUUCAGCAGGUAGACUAGUUAGGCUACCUAGUUAUUAAAACAUAAAGGUGUAGUUUCUAGCAGCUAGUUCUAUAGUUCUAGGAUUCUAUUGAGAAUUUCAAGCUUUGUAGCAUUCGCUCGGAAAACACCACGGCAACUGUUGCUUACGGUAACCGAGUUCAUCAACUGUCAAAAUGGAUCCAACCAUUAUGGAGAACCGGUUGCGAUUUAUGAUGCACAUUUACAUUGCCUGUCUGCAAUGUAUCAGGGGGACUACCCAGGCCCUCCUGAUACUAGUUGAAGACUUUAAUAGGUUACUUUUGUUAUUGCAACAAUGCAACACAAGACCAAGCCAAGCAUAUUUGGGCCUUCCAAUGCCCGAAGCACCACAAACCCAGCGAGGGUGCUGGAUGAAAGUCAGGAGCAGAGAUUGGUGGGACAGGGUUGUCCUACAGGAGUUUACGGACGAAGAUUGGAAGGCAAACUUUCGCAUGUCCCGUCAAUCCUUUGCAAAACUGUGCGACUUAAUGAAGGAAGUAAUGAAGCCGGAUGACAACCCUGUCCGUCAACCAGUUCCUCUAAAUAUGCGUGUUGCUAUUGUGCUUUACAAAUUGGCUAGCUGCGCAGAAUAUCGAGUCGUAGCAAAUCAAUUUGGUGUACACAAAUCAACAGUUUUAAAAUUCGUGACGCUGUUUUGUAAGGGCAUGGUCACAUCUGUGAUGCACCAACUAAUCCGUACGCCUACACUGGAGGAGGCUAGAAGAACAGCCCGGCGUUUUGAAGAGAAAUUUCACCUUCCUCAGAUAAUUGGCUGUAUCGACGGAACACACAUUCCCAUACUUGCACCAAGCGACGGGUUUAAAGACUUCGUAAACAGGAAAGGUUGGCCAUCAUAUGUCCUCCAAGCUGUCGUCGACGACACGUAUCGAUUUUGGAACAUUAGUUGCAAAAUGCCUGGGAGUGCCCAUGACGCAAAUGUGUUAAGACAAUCUGUCUUAUUUGAAAAAGCACAUCUGCUGCCAAAGGACCCUAAAGACAUCCAUGGGACGUCAGUAGAUUUUUAUCUGCUUGGUGACCCGGCCUACCCACUCCUGCCAUGGAUCAUGAAAGGCUACAUAUCUUCCCCUAGACAAACCCCAGAGCAGGAGUCCUUCAAUGUCUACCUGAGUUCUGCCAGGACCACAGUCGAGAUAGCUUUUGGAAGACUGAAGUCACGGUGGAGGGUGUUACUGAAGCGGAGUGACUUUCACUUCACGCUAGCGCCAUAUGUAAUUGCCACAUGCUGCGCUUUGCAUAACUUCUGCGAAUCAGAAAAGGAGACCAUGAUGCCAACCUGGUUGGAAGAGGCAGUGCAGUUUGAGGAGCAGCUGCCACAACCUGGAGCUCGACCCCACAACACUGGGGAGUCCGGUGUGGCGCAGAGGGUCAGACAGACCCUAACAGAAUACAUGGCAGCCCUCCAUCCGCUUCGACGUAGGGAGCUUUAAUAAAAGUCCAUGCCCCUUACCUAUUGAUCUGGUGUUUUGUUGUGCUGGAAUAUAGCUUAACCAUGUCACGCCAUUAUCUGCACUAUUUUUGUGUUACAAAGCUAUAACAAACAUGAAACUAAACACAUGAAGUGUAUGAAUUACUAUUUCAUAUCAUAUUAGACCAUGCUUUGCUCUGUAUCAA